AGCGUGGUAAAAAAGUCGAAGUGGAUGAUUCCCAAAACCCUAGUUCAACCUUCUCGAUAUAUAUAUAUGAGCGCUCAGAACAAAAAAAAAACAUAAAAAACUAGAAAGAUGAUAGGUCGACGAUUAGCAACCGGAUACUCCUUUCUUUCAAGGAUGAGUUCGAAGAUGAAGACACAAAAACUUAGCACAUCCUCAGAAACAGCAGAUCUGCCUGUCACAAAGAUAAUCGCAAGUCCCUCUCUGUCAAAGAAGGAGCUGCAAAAAGCAAUGAAGAAGCAAAACGAUGCUGACUUGGUCCUUACCGGUAAAGUGAUUGCUUCCAAAGCAAGAAACUCUAAUUUCGUCUUCUCUCCGGCAUCACUCAACAGCGUCCUAACCAUUGCGGCUGCCAGCUCUGCUACUGAAGAACGUAAGGCUGUCUUCAACGAGACUGCUACCGUCGCUUUUGCUGAUGGUAAGGCGAACGGUGGCCCCAAGAUCACGGCGAUUAACGGUGUUUGGGUCGAGCAAUCACUUCCGGUUGAUCAUUCCUUUAAGGAUCUCAUGGAGAAUGUCUUCAAGGCUACUUUCACUCAAGUUGACUUCAGGUCCAAGGCUGAACAAGUGCGUAGAGAGCUUAAUAAAUGGACUUCAGACCAGACAAAUGGUCUCAUCAAGGAUCUUCUUCCUCUUGGAUCCGUUAGAAGCAAUACAGAUCGGGUUUAUGGAAACGCAUUGUACUUCAAGGGAACUUGGGAAGAUAAAUUCAGCAAGUCUGAGACGAAAGAAAGAGCCUUUCACCUUCUCAAUGACGCCUCAGUGUCUGUGCCGUUCAUGAGGAGCUCUAAACGCCAAUACGUUCAGCGUUUUGAUGGUUUCAAGGUCCUUAAGCUCCCAUUUCAACGAGGCCUUGAUAUCAAGCGCAGUUUCUCAAUGUACUUCUAUCUUCCCGACGAGAACGAUGGUUUGGAUAAUCUUGUUAAGAAAAUGACAUCAACCCCUGGUUUUGUGGAUAAUCACACUCCGACAUGUCGAGUUAAACUUGAUGAUUUCGCAAUUCCAAAGUUUAAGAUCUCUUUUGGGUUUGAGGCUUCAAAGGCUUUGUACCAUAAAGCUUGUGUGGAGAUCGAUGAAGAAGGCGCUGAAGCUGCUGCAGCUUCCUUUUGUGAAAGACACAGCUAUACUCCUAAUAGGAACCGUUUUGUGGCUGAUCAUCCCUUUCUUUUCUUGAUUAGAGAAGACACAACGGGUACCGUUUUGUUUGCUGGUCAAAUCUUCGAUCCUUCCAAAUCUUCUUAACCGGGUUAAGAUCAGGUUUAAUGGUCUAUGUCUUGGCUGUUAUGGUUCUAGUUUUAUGUUCGCAUUCCGAAAACUAGUUUUAAGUCUAGUUAGGUUUAGUUUAUUGGUAACUUUGGUUCAUUGAACUGAUAUGUGAUUUGAUUUUUUUCUACGAAUUUAUGAUUGGGGAAA